GAAGGCUAGUAGGCAUGUGAAAGAGUUCCGCAGGUGCUUAAACUCCACGUCAUUUGUAACAACAUUAAAGUUUUUUUUUCGUUUCAUAUAACUUUAACCCUUGUGUGCAUGUCGGAAUAGACUGGCUGUUGGGUUACAGAAGAGGCUCGCUCAAGCUAGGGCAUGUCUCAUUCACCCACUUCUGCCCCACUGGACUCAGAUGAUUACUAUGAUUUUCUGUUUAAGAUUGUACUCAUUGGGGAUGCAGGGGUUGGUAAAACCUGUGUGGUACAGAAGUUCAAAACUGGCGUGUUCGUGGAACGACAGGGAAAUACUAUCGGGGUUGACUUUACCAUGAAGACACUGGAGAUUCAAGGCAAAAGGGUUAAGCUGCAAAUUUGGGAUACAGCCGGACAAGAGCGAUUUCGUACCAUCACACAGAGUUACUACAGAAGUGCAAACGGAGCAAUUAUUGCCUAUGACCUCACAAAGAAAAAAUCUUUUGAGUCAAUUCCUCGCUGGAUAGAGGAUGUAAAAAAGUAUGCUGGCUCUAACAUAGUAAAACUACUUAUUGGAAACAAACUGGACUUGGAAGAUUCUCGAGAGGUGGAACUGGCAGAAGCUGAAACUCUUGCCAAGCAUUCUGAUCUUAUCUCUGCCAUUGAGACCUCAGCAAAAGACUCCAGUAAUGUGGAAGAGGCUUUCAUCAAAAUGGCCACAGAACUUAUGAUGAGACACGGUGGUCCAGUGUUCAGCGAAAAGACCACUGAUAAUAUAAAACUGGACAGCAAAGAUGUUACCGAAGGAUGGGGUUGUGGUUGUUGAUGCCUGUAGUUAAAACUGUUAAAUUAUCUGAAGUCAUUCUGGAUUAGUAUGGCUGCAAUAUUCAUAGAAACAACCCUCUUCAAUUCAGUUUGCGGAAUCCAAGAUUUAUCAUAACUGAAAUUUUAAAAAUCUGAUUGGCUUGGACCGACAUUUGUAAACUAAUAUAUGUUAGACAUAGUUUUCAAGCAGAGGAACUAUUCUAUAGUUGGGCCAUAUUUAAUUUAAUAAUCACUUAGGGCAAGAUUAAAAGUUGUGUGGUAUGGGUUUUCCGCUCGCUAUAUGGUCUUUUCGCAAUCAAGUUUCAUUGCGUAGGUAUUUACAAGUCUUGAGAAAUUGCUUACAAUCCUUUCUGCUCUCGAAGAGAUGUAGUUAACAGUUUUCCGCAACAUAAAAGCUUCACAAAACACUUCAAAAAUACAUUACAAAGUACAGUUACACUCAUAUUAACACUGUCUAAUAAAAAAUAUUUUAUAAAAAUAUUGCACACAAAAGUUAUAAGGGCUAUGAUAUGAGAUCUUGGGAGUAAGGAAAAAAAAGCAGACGCAGGGAUUUUACAUUGAGAUACAUACACAUACAUAGAGAAACAUGGAUUUAUAUGUAUAGAUAUAUGUUUGAAGUAAAAGUAAAUCCUAGCGUUUUACAAAUGCUAGGAUUUACUAUUGAAACAAAUAAAGGGCACUUUAAUUCAUGAAGUAUAAGAUACUUCAUGUAGAAAGCUCCUUUAUUUAAUUCAACCGAUCGCCGCUCUUAGCUCCUACA